UGGCAGGCAGGCAGCUGCUGGCUGCCCUGCGAGUGCGAGUGUUACUGCACAACAUUCGAUUCGAGAUGGCGGAGGCUCUUAUAGGCGAAGUUAUACCUAAUCCAGAAACAAAAUUUUUCUGUCACAAGUGCAGCGUUGAAAUUCCAAGAGUGUUGCCGGAUUACACAUGUCCUACUUGCAACAGUGGAUUUAUUGAAGAAAUCUCCCCAAGUCAAGAUGAAGAUAAUGACAUGGAUUCCAGCGAUGAGGUGGGUCAUGGACCAAUAUUGAUGGGAGAAUCUGGGGUUGCAGACUUCAUGUCCCUCUUCAUGCAAGACAUCUUGGGUGGUAGCGACCCUUCAACAAGACCUACCAUCCGUAGACACAGAAUGACGCUACGACAGCCGCAAGUGCAUGCCAUGCCCAUCGAAAACAUUCUUCAAGAUAUUUUUGUCAACCUGACUGGAGUAGAAUUUGCUCCUAUGGGAGGUGCUGCUGCUGGAGGUGGCGAAGGAGGCAGACGGAGUGUCCCUGUAGGUUUCUUUUUGGGCAAUCCAGGAGACUAUGCCUGGGGCCGCGAAGGCCUUGAUGCAAUAGUCACUCAGCUGCUUAAUCAGAUGGAUGGCACAGGACCAGCUCCUCUGGCUGAAGAUAAGAUCCAAUCGAUACCUUCAGUUGAAGUUAGUCAAGAACAAGUUGAUCAGUGUUUACAAUGCUCAGUGUGUUGGGAUGAUUUUAAGAAGGGAGAGACGGUGCGCAAACUAACUUGUGAACAUGUCUAUCAUGACAACUGCAUUAUACCUUGGCUUAAGCUUCACGGUACCUGCCCCAUCUGCAGGAAGGUUUUGAAUGAAGAAGCUGGUAAUGAUGAUCAAAGCAGGACAGGGGUGACCCAAAAUGCAUCACUUACCAUACCUCCAAGCAUUGCAGCUCUGCUCAGUUUUUCCAACUUUCGCUCUCCUAGGGCAGCAAACAGCAGUGGAGGGAGCUCAACAUCGUCAUCGACAUCUUCUAGUAGAGGAAACAGCAGCACAGAUGGUUCCAAUUCUUCAGCUCAGCAAAGGCAACAAAGCCCACCAUCUGACGGAGGUCAUUUUUGGGACAUGGACAUGGAUUGCGAUUAAGUUCAACUAAUUUAAUAUCCAGUCAAAAAUCAGCCCCAAUUUUCCAAAUACCAGUUUGCAAUUCUUUGUUUCAACUCUGCCUAAUAAAAUACCCCUGUUACAAUUUUUGAUUUUUUGCUGCCCCACCUAUCUUGUUUGGUUUGCUUUGAAGCAGAGGAAAGUUUUUGGCUCUAUCUGCUAUUUAAAAAAAGUAUCCUUAUUUGGUUGCACUGCAAGUUUCAGUCAAGGAUGUUAGUGCCUGCAAAAUUGGUUUUUGUGCACACAUUCACACGUCGUCACUAAGGGGUUGGAUUUUGAGAGAAAGCAUAGCAAAUGAGGUGUGCUGUUCAUGGAAUUCCCUAUGUGUAAUACUUGACAUGUGAGUAAAUUCCAUUGAAUAUUUUAGUCAAGGCUGGUCCUUUGAUUGGGUACACAUGACUGUAUUAAAAAGAUUAUUUCAUAGUGAGGUUGUAUACUUUAUGUGCGUCCGAUGUCUCAUAUUGUAUAACAAAAUAGAAUGUAAAUUGUACAUCACCACGUUAAACCGUGAUUGAAUUUUGUAAAUAAAAUAAAAGAUCAUAAUAAACGCUACUUCUGCUUUGUUCACGAUUACUAUUUUAUAAGAUUAAAAGACGAAUUGAUGCAACACAAUGCAAGUCUUUGUAUUCUUGGAAUCAAGCCGCGUUAUCAGUAUGUCUUGGAUUUGGGCUAUUUACAUGAAAAUAAAAUUUCAUUGUAUAUCUACAUUUGUUUCAA